GUUUGUGUUGCCACGGCAAACAUGGAACCUAACAAGAAACACGGAAAACCUCGCGGGAAAAGCAGGGAACUUCCCCGACGCUUCCCGCGGGACAGACGCUUGUACCCGGCUGCUGUUCCUGCCAGAGGCCGGUCACGGGAGCUGGAUCUCACUGACAGCUCACAGGGUCUGUCGGAGCUCCACAUGGCCUGCCUCUACGGCCAGCUGGCUACUCUCCAGCGCCUGGUGCGCUCCAUGCUGGACAGGCUGGACAACGGCGAUCCUCUGGGGCGCCGGCCCGUCCACCUGGUCAUGUCCUCCGCCAACUUUCACAACGCCGCCGCCUGUCUCAGAUGCCUCAUGGAGAACGAAGCCGACAUCCAUCUAACCACAGACUCGGGGCUGACGCCGCUGCACCUGGCCGCCGCAGAAGGCCUCAUGGACUGUGUGGAGAUCCUCGUGCAGGCCGAUGCGGAUGUGUUGGCCCAGGACGACUUGGGACACACAGCUCUGGAUCUGGCUCGCGUCUGGUCCCACAGAGACAUAGGAAGGUAUCUGAGAAGAUUCAUGUGGGAGGCAGAGAAGAAGAAAGAAAUGGAGGGGAUGAGUCAAGCUCGUGUUUUGUACAGGGACCUUGUUGCCAUGGCCAAACUGAAUGUGGUCGACAAAACGAGUCUUAUAGACAAGAAGAUGAAAGAGUGGGAGGCCUUGAAAGGCAUUCCCCACAUCAAGCCUGCCCCCCCCAAAGUCAUGGCGAGCAAGUACCACACAAAGUGCCUCUUGUCCAGUCAGGACGGGUCUUAUGUGGGGAGGCACGAGCUGAAGCUGGACGAUUCCAGGUCAGUGAUUGACCUCCGGGACGUUGUGACGCUGUGGAGGGACAGCAGUGGGAGAGGGCCGCCCCAGUACAACACCCGGUGGGACAGCACGCCUCGGGACGCCCCUGACCUGCCUUUGGCCGUCCUCAGGACCGUGUUGUUCCCCAGGGCGUUACCAUCCAGGAUCAACUCCCCUCAGGACUUCUACACGCGGGACAUCAAGUUGGUCCCGCGCAGACGACGCCCCCAGGGGUGGAGCACCUCAUGCUGGACGGAGGUGGCCAAGCACCUGGGUUAGAGCUGAAAGAGAUUCAAAUGGAUGUGUAUUCAUUUAGCUUCAGGUAGAAAGCGCCUUCACAGAUUGAACAUGUGUAUCACGUAGAGGUCUGACAGAGUCCUACAGGCAUAAAGAGAAGUAAAGAGCAGAAGUAUCUUCGUAAAAUAUCCAGCAAUCUCAUGACCUCAGCUCCGAGUGACAAAACUCAAAAAGCCACACUCUCCAGAAAGCAGGAUGAGCAGAGGACGAGAAAACCCUCAGUGAACUGGGUCACCUGUCACAGACGCACCCCUGCACUUUCCCUGAUCGCCCCCAGGGUAGUGACCAGGGAUCCAGGUGAGGGCUUGUCAACAGGGUGUGUGUGUGUGUGUGUCUGUGAGCUGUGGCCUGUCAAAUGAAGCAAGGUGUGUGUUUGUGUGUGUCGUGGUUUUGUCUUGUCCCUUUACUUCAUGAAGCACUUCACACCUCAGUGGGGGGUCAAAGUGCACACUUGCCUCAGCGUGGUGCACCCACUGUGACCGGGCCACAUGGGACUUGGGUAAUUUGAUGUCAUUCAAAUAAACAGUCUGACACAC